AUGCACACUUCAACCUUCAUCUACUUGGCUUUUUGCGGCCUUGUUGCUGCCAAAGACACUGAUAAGGGCAAUGGCCACUUCACCACCACACUCAAUGGCAAAGUGUAUUCAGAUGACAAGUACAGGAUUCGUGAUCUAGCUUGCACAGGCACUGUCACAAUCCGAGGUAUCAACAAUGGAUUUGAUAUUGAUUGUCAAACAAUGAAUUUGUUCAACUACGCCUUCACCGGGGCAAAUGUUGCUGGCCGAAUGGUCAACAAACCUACGACUGUUAUUGCCUCAAAAACAAUGGCUCUCACUUCAGCUCAGAUUGGUACACCUUCAAUCAGUGAAAUUGAUUCUAGGGAUGGCGCCAUCGCCAUUACAUUUGCCACUGGCGGCGGUAAAGUCAAGUACCAAGCCAAGGACAACCCGCAGGGGGGCCUCCUUCAAGUUGAAACGGAGUAUUCGGCCAACGUUACCCACACCAUCACAUUGGCUCAAGACAUGUUCUACUUCCUUGACCCCAAUCUCAACAAUGCCGUCCGAAUCGGUAAUGGCGUGCUGACAAACUCCGAUACAGCCCGCUGA